AGUGGGGGAGAACCAAACAUUUUAGAGGCCCCCCAACCUUUUUAAAUGUUGUUUUUAAAUUUUUUAUUUUUUUUGGCCGGCCGUCUCAAAUUCAUCUGAUCUCUUAUUACCUCAAUUUUGGAAACUGCCCGCCACCGACCCUCCGGGACCACACAGACAGGCUGAGGACAACUUUAUGACCAAGAGCUGAACAAGAUGCAUUGUGAGAGGUUUCUAUGUAUCCUGAGAAUAAUUGGAACCACACUUUUUGGAGUCUCCCUCCUCCUUGGAAUCACAGCUGCUUACAUUGUUGGCUACCAGUUUAUCCAAACAGAUAAUUACUACUUCUCGUUUGGACUGUAUGGUGCCUUUUUAGCAUCACACCUCAUCAUCCAAAGCCUGUUUGCCUUUUUGGAGCACCGAAAAAUGAAAAAAUCCUUAGAAACGCCCAUUAAAUUGAACAAAAGUGUUGCCCUUUGCAUCGCCGCCUACCAAGAAGAUCCAGACUACUUACGAAAAUGUUUGCAAUCUGUGAAAAGGCUCACCUACCCCGGGAUUAAAGUUGUCAUGGUCAUAGAUGGGAACACAGAAGAUGACCUUUACAUGAUGGACAUCUUCAGUGAAGUCAUGGGCAGGGACAAAUCGGCCACUUACAUCUGGAAGAACAACUUCCAUGAGAAAGGUCCUGGGGAGACGGAGGAGUCACACAAGGAAAGCUCGCAACACGUCACCCAGUUGGUCUUGUCCAACAAGAGUAUUUGCAUCAUGCAAAAAUGGGGUGGAAAAAGAGAAGUCAUGUACACGGCCUUCAGAGCACUGGGACGAAGCGUGGAUUAUGUACAGGUUUGUGAUUCAGACACCAUGCUCGACCCUGCGUCAUCUGUGGAAAUGGUAAAAGUUUUAGAGGAAGACCCUAUGGUCGGAGGUGUCGGGGGAGAUGUCCAGAUUUUAAACAAAUAUGAUUCCUGGAUCUCCUUCCUCAGCAGUGUGAGAUACUGGAUGGCUUUUAAUAUAGAAAGGGCCUGCCAGUCUUACUUUGGGUGUGUCCAGUGCAUCAGCGGGCCUCUGGGAAUGUACAGAAACUCCUUGCUGCAUGAAUUUGUGGAAGACUGGUACAAUCAGGAAUUUAUGGGCAGCCAAUGUAGUUUUGGUGAUGAUCGGCAUCUAACGAACCGAGUGCUGAGUCUGGGCUAUGCAACAAAAUACACAGCUCGAUCCAAGUGCCUUACGGAGACCCCUAUAGAAUAUCUCCGAUGGUUAAACCAGCAGACCCGUUGGAGCAAGUCCUACUUCCGAGAGUGGCUGUACAAUGCGAUGUGGUUUCAUAAACAUCACUUGUGGAUGACCUACGAGGCAGUGAUCACUGGAUUCUUCCCUUUCUUCCUCAUUGCCACAGUAAUCCAGCUCUUCUACAGGGGAAAAAUUUGGAACAUCCUCCUCUUCUUGUUAACUGUCCAGUUAGUAGGUCUCAUAAAAUCAUCCUUUGCCAGCUGCCUUAGAGGAAAUAUUGUCAUGGUCUUCAUGUCCCUCUACUCAGUGUUAUACAUGUCAAGUUUACUCCCCGCCAAGAUGUUCGCAAUUGCCACGAUAAACAAAGCUGGGUGGGGCACGUCUGGAAGGAAAACCAUUGUUGUUAAUUUCAUAGGACUCAUUCCAGUAUCAGUUUGGUUUACAAUCCUCCUGGGCGGCGUGAUUUUCACCGUUUAUAAGGAAUCUAAAAAGCCAUUCUCAGAAUCCAAACAGACCGUUCUAAUCGUUGGAACAUUGCUCUAUGCAUGCUAUUGGGUCAUGCUUUUGACACUGUAUGUGGUUCUCAUCAAUAAAUGUGGCAGGAGGAAGAAGGGACCACAGUAUGACAUGGUGCUCGAUGUAUGAUCUUACGUGGUUUGCAGUCACACGCAGAACCUUAGUUCCUCUUGGGACUGUACAGUAUUGUGGCAUCAGAUAAUGCCACCAAAGGAGACCUAUCACUGCUGCUGGGACUUGAACAAAGACAUUUCUAUGCGUUUAUUUUGAUUCUGCCAAAGUAAAACAAGACAUCAAUGAGAAGAAACUCAGAUUUUAACCUGUUAUUUCUAUGAAAAUGGGAAACAUUCUUUGUUUAUGCACUUUUUCCUUACUGUCCAUCCGCCUAACAGUGUCUGCCUAUAUACCUCACUAGCCGUGCUUUAUGUGGGUUAUCAUGGAAGAAAAGGAUUUUGGAAACUCAAGAAAAAGUUCUUUCAACGUAUACAACCUAACUUAUGGACUGUGUCGAUAGCUAAUUUUUUUUUAGAAAGGAUUUCCUGUUUAACUCUACCAAAUGAAAUGCCAAAGGAAAUUUUAAGGCCGUCGGCUGUGCUGUAUUUUUAUAUAACUGUACUGUGUUUUAAAAUUUUGUAUGCCAAUUUUUAAAGCAAAUUUUGAAUAU